AUGAGUUCAUCACAACAGAAUGAUAAUGUUAUUCACAAUAAGACGGACAAGAAGGGAGAGCUCACCCCAGCAGCAGUAUUGCGUGAAAUGCAGGAGAUGAUGCUACAGUUGAAGGGAGAAGUACAAGAUGUGAGGAUAGAAGUAGCAUCAAUUAGGUCUGAUAACGGACAGCGUCAUCGGCAGCCUUUCGUACUUAGUAGUGCUUCGGCAGAAGCAUUUUGGAGUGUCAUGCUUGAACGCAUCAAGAGUCAAUCCCAACCUCACAUGCCAGGUUCACGUGGUUCAGAUCUGGGAGUACGAGAUCACCGUAUGUCCUACGAUGAAAUCGCUCGCGAUGACGCGAGACAGAGAGAACAGCAGUUCCAAGCGUAUAGAGAGCAACAAGAGACGCAGGGAAUGCAUGCAUUCCUACCACAGCAUCAACAGCAACAAUUUGGCCCAAGGAUUUCAACAUUGAGGCAGAGGAUGCUCUCGAUACCUCCUUUUGAGGGAAAAGUGACUUAUACGGGUUUAGGAUCCGGCUUUGAGCUCUGGGUUUGCAAUUCAUGA